AUGGGAUUCUUUUCGAAUUUGUUUGGAAAGGGCAACACCAACAAAACCUAUACAAGGCUUCCCAGUCCUUCAACGUUCAUUAGACCAAAACGCUGGAGAAUCAUCACCGUCAUCAAACAUGCUAUUCUGAUCAUUGCGAUAGUGGUUAUUUCAUUCUUUGCCAUAUGUCAGCUACAGGUCAAUGUGCGUGUGUAUCUUCGUGAUUGGAUUUCUCAUGCAGACGAAGAGUACUAUAAGCCUUUGGCUGGUUGUUUCGAUAGCUUGCCCGAGAACAGUCCUUACUUGAACGGUGUGAAUCAAUAUGCAUACGACGUUGCGCCUGGUAUCAGCCUCAUGGAGGAUUACGAUUGCUACGAUUUCGCUGCUACAAUCAAAUCUGAACCUUUGAAAUACCCCAUCUCCAAGGAAAAGACAGUCUAUCAUGCUUACUGGCGCUCUGAUCUGGCUCCUGUAGGCCCAAAACAACUGGCUGCACUGCGCUCUUUCUUUGCAACACAAAACCCUGAUAAUUCAGUGCUCUACUUGUGGUCUAAUGGCGACUUGUCUCUCUCUCCUGUCAUUCAACAAAUCAAGGAACAUGUUGGCGACCGUCUAGUGACCAAAAUAUACAGCCCUCAUGAAUUAGCCAAGGGUUCACCAAUGGAAGGCUCAGCUCAUUUAGAUUUCAAAGACGAUAGCGGCUAUUUGGAUGGUGAUUUAAUUCGCUUGUUAGCUAUUUAUCGCUAUGGUGGUAUGUGGUUUGAUAUGGAUAGCUUGUUCAUUAGAGAUAUGGCUCCUCUUUUAGAGCAUGAAUGGUUGUCUCAGUGGGAUUGUUUCUUGCCGAAUGGAUUUCCAUUCAACGGCGCCUUUAUGCGAUUCCAUAAGAAAUCACCCUAUUUAUGUGAAAUGCUGUCUGAACUAGCUUCAGGUCCAUUACCAAGGCCAGAUACCAUCGAUUGGGGAGGAUACAUGUACUAUAGAAUCUACCGUCGUCUAUUACAUCACGGCAUUCGUCCCUGGGCUGUACUACCUUGGUGCUUUACUGAUUCCAUGGUGUGUUCUCCCAAAAACUCUAUGCCAAAUGCCUUUAUUGAAGCUGAAUUUGACGAGGAAAGAUUGCUGCAGACGUUUGCUUAUCAUUGGCAUAAUCAAUGGAAGAAAGAACCUGGAUCUUUGUUCAAGUUUCUGGAGGACAGACACAAAAACGUUACUGGAUGGUAA